AUGCCAACUCCGGAAUCUGAAGCAUUCAAGGCCGCUAAGCCCAAGGUUCCGCCGACGUUCGAUGGUGUGAACUACGACGACAACAAGGCGCUAAAGGCUGCGCAAGAUGCGAUCAUCCGGGAGCAGUGGGUUCAAAGCAUGAUGGCAAGGCUUAUCAGAGAGGAGAUGGGCAAAUGCUACUACCGGGAAGGCAUGAAUCAUUUGGAGAAGUGUGGACACCUACGAGAACGAUACCUGCAGCAACUGCAGCAUGCGAAGGUCCGAGGCUACCUCUUCGACCAACAGAACUACAUCUCGGAGCAAUAG